GGUCGCUAACUUCACUAAUGUCUGCUACGUAUCCCUCCGCCGUGCUGCCAGACUGCCACUGAGUGGCUCUAGUUUCACUCAGGUACACUGGAACACACAGGUGACAGAACGACGUCCGUACCUCAGUCUGUCGGUUUAAUACACGGCCUGACAGGAUAAUAACAUGAUAAAAGCCAUACUGAUAUUCAACAACCAUGGAAAACCCAGGCUGUCCAAAUUCUACGAACACUAUACUGAAGACACAGAACAGCAGAUCAUUAGGGAAACGUUUCAUCUGGUUUCAAAGCGAGACGAGAACGUCUGCAAUUUCCUGGAGGGUGGAAUGUUGAUAGGUGGAUCAGACAACAAGCUGAUCUACAGACACUAUGCCACAUUGUACUUUGUCUUCUGUGUAGACUCCUCAGAAAGUGAACUUGGCAUUCUAGAUUUAAUCCAGGUGUUUGUGGAAACAUUGGACAAAUGUUUUGAGAAUGUCUGUGAGCUUGACCUAAUUUUCCAUGUAGACAAGGUUCACAAUAUCCUGGCUGAGAUGGUGAUGGGUGGUAUGGUUCUAGAGACCAACAUGAACGAGAUCAUUACACAAGUAGAUGCCCAAAACAAAAUGGAGAAGUCGGAGGCUGGCAUAGCAGGGGCUCCUGCACGUGCUGUAUCGGCAGUAAAGAACAUGAACCUUCCAGAAAUGCCCAAGAACAUCAACAUCGGAGACAUCAGCAUAAAAGUGCCAAACUUGCCCUCUUUCAAAUAGCAGUUGUAAAGCUCCCGGUCAGGGAUGGACAGAGAGGCGUACGUCGAAACUCCAAGUAAAAUGUCUAGUUACUUCAGACGCUAUGAAGGUACUGUGUGAUUUCUUGUGUUGCUCCUGGUUUUGGAAUGUUCUUUAUGUGUCUUUUUUUUUCCUCUAUGGAAAUGAAGUAUUUAUUACAUUCCUUUGCCCUCUCUGAAAGUGUGCCCUUACAAUUUGGCUGCUACAGUAUUUGAAAGAUCAUAUCUUUAUAGCGCUUUGUACAUCAGACUUAAAGAUAUACUCAAGUAUGUUGAAAUGUCUAAAUGACUCUGUAUAUGCUUAAAUUAUAUUACUGGUAUUAUACUGUAUGUAAUCAGAGUAUUUUAUAUAUAAUUUAUCUUCUUUUCUUACACAAAUGCUGUUAAAAAUGCUGUUAUUUUAAUCAGUGCAUGUGAGUUUCCUCCUUUUCGCAACAAAAUAAAAUAAUGCAGAAUUUUA